AUCUGACAUGACCCUUGACGACCGUCAUCUCGCUAUGGACGUCUCCUUGGGACCCACAGCAUGCGACAUUCAUCAUCUCAGUGACUAAUCGAGAACAUAUCACGGAGAGUAUGUUUACGCAUCGACACCUUGCAUGUCCGCGACCGUGCUUGUCUGGAGAAGUUGAGUAGACCUCGGCCGCCUCGUUCAGGCGAGCACGAAAUCUGUUAUCGACUAUGGCAGCAGGUAAUAUAAGAGUUCUUGUGUCCUUGCGGACUGGGCCCUGAACCCUAUCUGAUUUCUUUUCGCUCGCACUUUGAUGCAAGUUACAAGCUUGUCUUUCACAAUGGCAGAUAACACGGAGUACACUCUCAAGGAGAUAACGGAACACAAUACUGAGAAGGACCUCUGGAUCAUUGUUGAUGGAAAUGUCUACGACGUCACGAAAUACACUCUGGAUCAUCCUGGCGGCCUAGAAUCGCUGGUUGAAGUGGCUGGACAAGAUGCCACACAAGCAUUCGAAGACGUUGGACACUCCGACGAAGCCAGAGAGAUAAUGGCGCCCUUUUUGGUCGGGAAGCUUCAAGGCUUCACCAAAUCUACUCGCAGGCAGGCUGUUCAGAUUGUUCGCAAACAACCGGCACCAAGCCCAAGCAGCGUUCCAAGCUCAAAGACUCUCGGAACGAUAGGAGCCGCGAGUCUACUCGCCGGAACAGCUACAACGAUUGUGUACAAGCUUCACGGUCGAAUGCAUAUACCUGGAGCUCACAAAUACUUGCAGAAUAUCAACUCUUUGCAAUCUGAGAAUGGCUUCCUCAAGGGCUUCUUGCUUGCCAGCGUGCUAUCAGCAGCUUUCGGCGCAGGCUUCACAUCAUAUAUCUCUAAGCUUACCACCAUUCCUGGCGGGUUUGGAAGAAGCCCAAUGUAUAAAAGAGUCCCUAAGCUGCCUACCAGACAUAUUGUUGGUUUCCUGAAGAGCACGGUGUUUCAGCCACUUCCUUUGGUAUCGAAGCAGAUUCUUCCUGGCCAAGGUUUGGUACGUCUAACAUUCGAGCUUCCUACACCUAUGACGAGACUUGGACUGCCAAUUGGACAGCACGUCGCCAUUCAAGCAAAGAUUGGCGAGCAGACAGUGACCCGGUCAUACACCCCCACAUCGAACGAUGGCGAUCUCGGCAAAUUAAUCCUUCUGAUUCGCCUAUACGAUGAAGGUCUACUUACCGGAAAGUAUCUGGCCAAGCUUAAGGUUGGUGAUCAAGUUCUCUUCAGGGGUCCCAAGGGCGCCAUGAAGUACCGCAAAGGCUACGCCAAGAAGAUUGGUAUGGUCGCUGGAGGCACCGGCAUCACACCCCACUAUCAGCUCAUCCGAAGCAUCUGCGAAGACCUUACCGAUACCACAGAAGUCUCCCUGGUGUACGCGAAUCGCACUGAGGACGAUAUUUUGCUGCGUGCAGAACUGGAUGCUUGGGCAAAGGCGUACCCCAAAAAUCUCAAGGUGCAUUACAUGUUAGACAAUCCACCCGAGGGUUGGCUAUAUGGAAGUGGGUUCGUCACGAAGGACAUAUUGGAGCAAUACAUGCCUGCGCCGUCGAACGAUGGAUCUUCAAAGAUUCUUCUGUGUGGACCACCAGGCAUGAUUAUUGCUACAAAGAAGAACUUGGCCGAGCUGGGAUGGAAGAAGCCUGGGUCUGUCGGUAAGAUGACAGACGAUAUCUUCACCUUCUAAAACAGUCAUGUCCUACAUGAUGGCAAUGCAUUUGAACAAAUCAAAAUUCGAUCCUUGAGAUCAUCCAUCAUAUCCCUUGCAGCACUUCAAUGCGUCCCAUCUGC